AUGAGAACGAGUACCAUUGUCGCCGCUUCUGCCGGCACGUUCUUGACAGGCCUACUGGCCUAUGCCAUCUACUUCGACUACAAGAGACAGUCCGAUCCAGAGUUCCGCCGUGCUUUGAAGCGGGACAACCGAAGACUCGCCAGAGCCGUCCGACAGGAAUCGGAGGCGGAGGGUGCAAAGCAGAAGGAGGAGAUCAAGCGGGCGGUCCAGGAGGCCAAGGAUGAGGGCUUCCCUACCGACAUUGAGGAGCGAGAGGGCUUCUUCAUGGGCCAGGUGGCCAAGGGUGAAGCUCUGUGCGCUGAUGGCUCGAACAACAUCGAGGCGGCUCUUGCGUUCUACAAGGCAUUGAAGGUCUACCCCCAGCCAAAGGACCUGAUCGCGAUCUACGACAGGACGGUACCCAAAGACAUCAUCGAGAUCCUAGCAGAGAUGAUCGCGAUGGACUCCUCGCUGAAGUUGGGCUCUUUCACCAGCGAUCCCGGGAUGGACAGCCAAAACGUCGAAUAA